UGAGGAGUAUAUGAGGUGGAGGAGGGAGCAUGUGAAGAAGCGAGGAUAGAAGCAGAAAUGGGAACCGCCCCCGUGUCAGCGUACGGUUGCCGCUACUGUUAUGCCUAUGCCCGCCCUGUCUUACCCCUUCAACUCCGAUUCCGGCACCGCCACCUUUUCUUUCAGCCUCACCCUUUCUUCCCCGUUAUCACCACCCUCUCCUCCUUCUGUCCCCUUUUCCCUAACCCUAAGUUCUCUCUCUUCUCUGCCAUGCAGCAACUCUGGUCUGGGAGUGGCAGUGAUAGGAACAGGGCAAUGGUGGAGAAUCUGCGGCGUUAUGGAGUAAUAACAUCAAAUAAAGUGGCCCAAGUAAUGGAGGCCAUCGACAGAGCCUUCUUUGUUCCCGAGGGAAUGCAACCUUAUGCUGACAGUCCGAUGCCGAUAGGGCACAACGCCACUAUAUCUGCUCCUCAUAUGCACGCCUACUGCCUUCAGUUGCUGGAGCAGAACUUGCAGCCUGGAAUGCGUGCUCUGGACGUUGGCUCUGGAUCAGGGUAUCUGACGGCAUGCUUUGGCUUGAUGGUCAGACCCGAAGGCCGUGCGGUGGGAGUGGAGCAUAUUCCUGAAUUGGUUUCCUAUUCAAUAGAGAAUAUUCAGAAGAGUGCAGCGGCUCCUCUAUUGAAAGACAGUUCCCUAUCGGUGCAUUGUGGGGAUGGAAGGCAAGGGUGGGCGGAGUGUGGUCCGUAUGAUGCAAUUCACGUGGGAGCAGCGGCAGAAGAGAUUCCAGAAGCACUGAUGGAGCAGUUGAAGGAAGGAGGGAGAAUGGUGAUUCCAGUCGGGAACAUGUUUCAGGAUUUACAGGUCGUCGAUAAGAACUCCGAUGGUUCUCUCACCAUCCGAACCGAAACUUCUGUUCUUUAUGUGCCUCUCACUAGCCCUGAUGCUCAACUACGAGGCUACUAAUAUAGUUUUGGAAUUCAAAUGUUCUUUUUUUCCGUGAAAUUCAUGACAAGAACAAUUCGAUUUUCUGCUCAGAAGAGUAUAGGUCCUCAUUCCUCUCGUGCCUUGUAGCGGUUGCUCGGCAAAUGCACGUGUGAUUAUAAUG